CUCUUGAUCACUCGGCGGAGCUUUCUCAGGCUCCAAUCUGGCCGAUAACGAAGGAUGGUAAGCUCCCGUUCGAGUGGCGUAAAUGUCUCCUCCUCACCCGCUAACAGCGUGGCUACAUCGCGUGUCGUCGUGUCCGACAGUGACGUAGCCCGUGAUAGUAACGCCAUCUCGCCGAGUGGCCGGCAGUCAUUCACCGCGGAGGACGAGGGUGGAACUCGGGUCCUGAACGGCGGGGCACCGGGCGCGAUCGAAUGGAGCGAAAACGGUCCGCCCUCGCUUUCUAUGUCGGUCGAUCUUCAUAACCUGGUCAACCCGAAUCUCCAAGACUCAGGGCACUAUUCCGCUAGUCCCGAGCACGCCGAUGCAUCCGUGUCUUCUUCGUGUAACGCGAAGACCACAAGGACCAACGACGAAGAGGAAAGCUACGAGGCGUUCGGGUCCGUCGAGGGUGACGCCGAUGACGGGGUCGAUUCACCGGGUGGUAGCAGCUCUGCACCAUCACCCACCGGCACCAAUUCACUGAGAAAUCCUAGAAGUCCAAAUUCUACCAUUGGAAGGCAUUCUUGGUUACGGACCUCGCUUAGGCGGACACCACCGUGUUCCGGGCGGAAGAGAUUUAGCACCAAUGCGUUAGCAAGCCAGCUCUAUCGAAGUAGCAGCUUUAAUAGCUCGGGCAGGGGCUCCAACUGUGAUCCCGCGGACGAUAUGUACAGCGAUGUCUCCCUUGAGGACGAUGUCAUUGAUCUCAAUCAUAGAGUUCAAAUGAUCCAGGAACAAAUGCAUGCUUUAGUCGAUACUCAGUCGGUCGGGGAGGAACGGUAUGCUAGAGCGAAGCAGGAAAAUGCUACGCUGCAGGCGAGAAUAUUAAUGCUGGAGGAAGCUGCCAAAGACGCUGAGGCUAGGGCCGAGGAAAGGCUUCAAGCGGAGCAACGGAGGCACAGAGAAUGGGCGAGUCGUUUGGAACGCGAGCGACAAUUGCAGUUAGAAAAUUAUGCCAUAAAAUUACAAGCAAUAGAAUUAGAGGGGUCCAGUUUGAGGGACGAAAUAGGAAGGUUGCGUGAACAAUUGGAAAAGGUUAGAGCAGAAAAAAGUCGAUUGGAGAAUGACCUCGACGAGUCCAGAAGAGAAGCGGAUAUUUCACGUGAAAGUGAACGUCAAGCGAUAAGCCGAGCUAACGAAACUCACUAUCAGUUAGAAGAUGCUAGAGAAGAACUCUCGAUGAGAGUAGAAGAUCAACAAAGAAUAGAUGAAUUAUUACAACAGGUGGCACAACUUCGAGCGCGUAAUAAAAGUCUGGAAGAAUCACGAGAUGAAUUGCAAGCAGCUGCGGCUCUGCAGGCAGGCCGUGAACUUUUAAUGUUAAAUCCCUGUAACAGUAAUGCUGAAAAAGGACCUAGUCUCGCGGUAGAAUUAUUAGCUGGCAUCAAUCAGGAUCAAAUGGAUGGUCAGAUUCCUGGAAAUUAUGGUGAUCUUUGUAGUAUAUCCGAAAUGAAACAAGCUUUAAAGGAACAGCAAGAAGUUAAUACACAAUUAAGGGCGUACAUCGACGGAAUUUUAUUGAACAUAGUUGAAAAUUAUCCACAAUUGUUGGAAGUGAAGCAAACACACUGAACUAUUUUGCAAAUCGUCAGUAAUUUAACUUAAUGUAAACACCUUGCGGUCCAUGGUCCACAAUAAGCUAUAGAGCUCUCAAGUUCACCUACAUUGAAACUAUGUUACGUAUUCAGGUACGUCCUUUUCGUUUAAUAUAAAUGCUACUAUACAAGGAAUUGUUAAA